AUGCCCGAUACCUACGGCUACGUCCGCACCAGCCGCCCCAGAGUCUCCGAGUUGGCGGGCAGCGACCCGGAAACCCAACGCCAGCAGAUGCUGGCGGCCGGCGUGGCGCUUUCUCACAUCUAUCAGGAUGUCGGCAUCUCCGGUACCUCCGGUACCAACAUUCGGUGGGGCUGGCACUCUCUUGACUCCCGGCUGGCCCAGGGCGACACCUUGGUUGUGGUGUCCAUCGACCGCAUCGGGCGGCGCUGGCUGGACACCAUUGGGAACAUCCACGAUCUGCAACGGCGCGGAGUCAGAAUUCGCAGCCUAGCCGAUAACGCACAGCACGACAGGGAGUGUUGA